AUGGGUCCAAAGAAGAAAGGCAAAGGAAAUAAACUGUCUCGUAUGAGUGAAGAAGAGAGAGCUCGAUAUCUACAGCAUAGAGCUGCAAUUGAGGAAGAAGCCAGGAGGCGUAAACAACAACUUAUUGCCACAUUUAUGAAGAACAAGCUUAAGCAUGAAGAAGCAUUCACACGACUUAAUAUGGCAAAAAUCAAUCAAGAGUGGCGUCAGAUAUUGCGUAACAUAAAAACCAAGGAGCUGAAGCAGAAUUUGACUGCCCUUUGGGAGUCUUUUCAACAUGUCACCAGCUACAAGACACAAGUUAUGGAAAAUCUUUUAAAAGAUAUGGAAGAUGCAGCUGACCAAUAUAACAGAAUAUUACAAUGCCAUACAGAAGCAACAGACAGAUUGCUUCAGAUUCAUGAAGCACGGCUAUCUCAUUUGCAUAACAUUUAUUUGGAGGAACGUAAGUCGCUGCUACAUGCAGCAGAAAAAGAGAGGUGUAAAAUUCAAGAAACAGCUAAUGCUGAAGAAGAAUAUUUACGUGUUCUUCUUUAUGGGUUACAAGCAUCAAUGGAUAAAUUCAGUAAAGAGGGGAUAGCUAACCAGAUGGCAAAAGUUGAUGAACGCAGGAAUAAUUUGCUGAGCGAUUUUGAACAAAUGCAGGAUGAAAAGCGCUCCGUUAUUGAGAAUAUAUGGAGAGACUUUCAACAAGUUCUCAGAAAUUAUUUUUCAGAAACUGAAAACAGACGUUCACAUUAUCAUAUGCUGAAAUCCCAAGACAGUGAAAGUACUAAAACAAUUAAUGAUUGCAACAUGAAGAUUAAUUUGCUGACAGAACAAGUUGCUGCAUUGAAGCUUCAGCUGACUACAUUAAAAAGUGAACAGAAUAAGAAAAAGGCUGAUCUAAUAGAAGAGCAGGAACAUUGGCAGAAAUCUUUUUGGGAUAUGAGGGUUAAAUUAAGUAAUGAAAAGAAGCUAGAUGAAAAACAAAUGUUGCUCAUGGUUACUUGCAGUAACAAUACCAUCAAUGAACUAAAUGUAAUCAUCAAAAAAGCAGAACAGAUCUUCCAUUUGUUUGGAAUCUGUAGUAAAUAUGAGACUGAAAGAGAGAAAGUUAUUCCCUUUGGGUGUGAUUUCUUACCACCUAGUGAGGGUGAUGAUCUCAAGACACUGGAGAAACAAGAUAUCAGUGAUCCAUUACUAGAGGAGAUAAUUACAUACCAGAAGCUUGAAAACUUUUGGAGGAAGUACAAUCAUGUUUUCCUUGAAUCUGCUGCUCUGAAGCUACAUCAUGAAGCCUUGACGAUUGAGAAUCAACAGCUUAAAACAACAUUACGCCAUUAUUUGUCAGUAAUGUCCAGGGGGAAUGAUCCUGAAAAUGUGAAAAUACGUUUAAUGGGGGCACGUCCAAGUACAACACGUGCUAUAAGGAAGCACAUUACACUGAUGAAAGGAUAUGACAAAAUCUCUUCCAAAAGACGGCCAGUAACUUGCAUAGAAGCUAAUGGAAGUAUAGCAGUGAAACAUAUGUUGCGAUCAAAAUUUGUGUAA